AUGGAAGAAAGACGUAGCGUCCAAGGAUCGAAUACAUCGAAACCGAUAAUACAUUCUCGUAAUAAUUCAGAUGGAUCACUUUUCAUCUCAGACACAGAAAAACUUGAUGAUACAAAGGCAGCC